AUGCAAGGUCAGCAGGCGAAUGCUGGAAACCAAAAUCAGGAUGAAUUUCGUGCUUUGGGGAAGUUUCAGAGGAACAAUCCACCAACCUUUGAAGGAGCAUACAACCCUCACAAAGCACAGUCAUGGCUGAAAGAAAUUGAGAAGAUCUUUCGAGUCAUGAAUUGUACUGAUGCGCAAAAGGUGCAGUUUGGCACCCAUAUGCUUGAGAAAGUAGCUGAAGAUUGGUGGGACAACACCGUUCAGAGGUUUGAAGGUGAUGGGAUGGAGAUUACUUGGGAUCUUUUCAAGGGUGAAUUUCUUGAGAAGUACUAUCCAGAAGAUGUUCGGGGAAAGAAGAAAAUUGAGUUUCUUGAAAUGAAGCAGGGUAAUGGAACUGUGGCGGAGUUGUAA